UAGCGCGAGAGCGACUGUGAAGAGGUUGUAGUAGCCUACUAACCGGCACAAUGGUUUGCCCUGUCCGAGGUUUCGCAGAAUAAGGCCACUUAACCCUUGACCUCUACGACUAACAAGCCGCAGCAGGAGAGGAGAGGAGAGGAGAGGCAGCAGCCCUGAGAGAGCAGGGUAAGGAGACAGCCAGGACAGCAGAGGAGGAGGCCAGGACAGCAGCUGAGGCGGCAGCAGCAGCAGCAGCAGCAGCAGUGGCAGCAGCAUCAUGAGCUGGGGAACGCUGUACGCCCAGCUGGCCGGCGUGAACCGCCAGUCCACCUCGCUGGGCAAGGUCUGGCUGUCGGUGCUCUUCAUCUUCCGCAUCACCAUCCUGGCACUGGCGGCCGAGACGGUGUGGGGCGACGAGCAGUCCGACUUCACCUGCAACACGCUGCAGCCGGGCUGCACAAACGUGUGCUACGACCACUUCUUCCCCAUCUCGCACGUGCGGCUCUGGUGCCUGCAGCUGAUCUUCGCCUCCACCCCGCCGCUGCUCGUGGCCAUGCACGUGGCGUACCGCAAGCACGAGGAGAAGCGAAGCGUCCUGAGACAUGGCCGCAAGUCGUCCUCCUCCUUUGGUGGUGGUGGUGGUGGGAGAACCAAACAGCAGGAAGAGGAGCUGGAGGUGAUCCGCCAGCGUCGCCUGCCCAUCGCGGGCAGCCUGUGGUGGACCUACGCCCUGAGCCUGGUGGCGCGCGUGGCCUUCGAGGUGGCCUUCGUCUACGCCCUGUUCGCCCUCUACGGCACGCUGUGGAUGCCGCGGCUGGUGCGCUGCGACCAGUGGCCCUGCCCCAACCAGGUGGACUGCUUCGUGUCCCGGCCCACAGAGAAGACGGUGUUCACAGUGUUCAUGGCGUCCGCCUCGGGGGCCUGCGUGGUGCUGAACGCGGCCGAGCUGCUCUACCUGGUGGCCAAGGAGCUGAUGAGGUGCUCCAGGCGGGGGGGGACGUCAUUCAGGAGGGGGGGCAGGAACGGGCCGUCCAACUGUGACAACAAGAAGAACGAGAAGAAGAACGAGACUUUGCUGUCGUCUGUGACGUCUGUGGCGUCCAGUGCCAAGGCGGUGUGA